CUUUUUCAAAGGAAAAAUGAAACGUUAUGUGAUGAAAGUAUUGGAAAGUGGUGGAUUAUACCCAGAUAUUGGUAUAAGGGAGCUUAUCGAUAAAUCUCUCAUAACUAUUUCAGACAACCGUGUGUGGAUGCAUGAUUUGCUUGAAGAAAUGGGUCAAGAAAUUGUUCAUCGAGAAUGUCGAGAAGAGCCUGGACGACGUAGUAGACUAUGGCUUUAUAAGGAUGUCUGUCACAUCUUAAUGAAUGAUACGGGAACAAAUCUAAUUGAAGGUUUAGUCUUGGAUUAUAUGUUUGAUCAAGGAGACAGAUACAUGAGUUCUAAAGCCUUCUUGAAGAUGAAAGCUCUCAGAUUGCUUAUACUUCGCAAUUUAAAACUCUCCAAAGACAUUGAAUAUCUUUCCAAUGAAUUAAGGUACUUGGAAUGGCGUGGGUAUCCUUUCAAAUCUUUGCCACAAACUUUUCAACCAGAUCGACUUGUUGAGCUCCAUUUGUCUUAUAGCAGAAUUGAACAAAUAUGGAAGGGAGUAAGACCUUUAAAGUUGUUGAAGAUAAUUGAUCUUAGUUACUCCAAAAAUUUAAUCAAGACACCCGACUUUAGAGAGAUCCCAUACCUUGAAGAGUUGAUACUUGAAUGUUGUACAGGAUUACUUGAAGUACACCAUUCUAUUGGACUUCUAGAAAGGCUUGUUUUACUGAACAUGAAGAAUUGCAAAAGCCUUACAGCUCUUCCAAGUAGCCUGUGUAAUUUGAAGUCUCUUAAAGUUUUUAUAUUGAGUGGCUGCAAAAAUCUUGAAGAAAUUCCAGGUAACAUAGGGAAUAUGACAUCUGUGCAAGUGUUUGAAAUAGCAGGAAUCGGUUCAACAUCAUUGCCAUUAGCUCAGCCAUGGGAUUGUCUUUGCCCUUGGUGGCUAAUGCCUAAGAAGCCUACACCUACCAUGUCCUUUGAUUUGCCUUCUUUAAUAGGUUUUUGCAUUCUUAGGAGACUUAAUCUAAGUCAUUGUGGUCUUACGGAUGGAAUGAUUCCUUAUGAUCUAAGUUGUUUCCCAUUUUUACAACAUCUAGAUCUAAGAGGAAAUGAUUUUGUAAGCAUGCCUGAAAGCAUUAGUCAACUCUCUAAACUCUUAGGUGUUCUUUUUGGCAAUUGUAAGAGGAUUCAAUCAUUUCCAAAUAAUCUUCCUUCAGAUCUCAAAUAUCUUAGUAUGGAGGGUAGCUUUUGCUUGGAAACUUCACUAACUACAAGCAUAAGUAGAAAUUUUAAACUUGAAAACCUUCACUUCGUUGAUUGCAAGAAGCUUCAGUCCUUGCGUGAUCUUUCAUCAACCGUUUUACAACUUCGUGCGGAAUGUCUAACUACAAAGGAAAGUAUUCCAAAUCCAUUUGAAGCAAGCACUUCAAGAACUUCAUCGUUCACUCUUACAAAAUGGGGACUCUUUAGUUUAAACACCCUUAUAUCAUUGUGUUUAUCCUCAAGUGAAGUUCCUGUGUGGUUCAACAAUCAAGGCUCGGGGUCUUCAUUAGAAUUGCAGCUACCUCCUUGUUGGUUGAAUUACGGAUGGGGAGGAUUCUUUUUAUCUGGAGUUUUUAGAUUCCAUCAUGAUCAGCCUCCUUCAGUGGAUAUACUUGUACUGUUGUCUGUGACUUGCAUGCAUACAAUUUGCCGUCGGAACAAAUUAGAGGUGAAGAAUUGUGGACUUCGUCUAAUAUAUCAUGAGGAUGAAGAUGUAGAGGAAUUAAUGCGGUGCAAUAAGCCUUUUGAGGAUUUGGGUCUCCCAGGAAUAACUAUUGCAGAGAUAUUUGCAUUUAUUCACCGUUGUUGA